GUUGAAUUCCUUUUUUUUCCUUUGAGGCCCAAGUUCCCAGGCUGUUUCUUUGGUUUCCACUUUCUCCAGUUUGCCAGUACUACAAGAAAGAGAAUCGCGUAUCUGUAGCACUGAUUUCUAGAACUACUUUUCAAAAACUUUCUCAUGAAAGGAAUGUUGAAACGUUGUUUCAGAUAACUACUCUUCACUUUAGCUGCAGACUUGUACUUGAGAAUAUUGGGAAUGUUUUCAAAAUCCUGGAAAUCCUUGAGGCAGGUGAUAGUAAUUUUUCUGUAAUCCUCUGCACAUACCAGCUGGUUUAGGUAUGUUUAUAACAAAGAAAGAGCAAUGCUAUCUAAACCUCCUCCAUAUUUUUUUUUUCUACUUGGUAAUUAACUCUCAUAUCGAGCAUCACUGCUAAGCUUCACCCCUUCCCUAAGGAGGCGGCCUGGGUUCCACCCUUCUGGUUUCACCAACAGGCUUUCACCAGACCCUUUGGUGAUCGGAGCCAAACUGAGACAGCAAAAAGCAAACUACAGAAAACCUAUUUUAAACUUUUUUUUGGCAAGUUCAGCUCAAGUAAUUGGCCUGCUCUCGGUCAUGCAGGUGUCAGCCCUGUCACAAGGGAGGGGAUGUGCUGACAGUAACUCAAGUUUAGAUUACUUUAGGCUAAACUGCAUCUCUUCCUUAAGAGAAAUCCCACUGCUAUCCACAAAAUCAAAUCCAUUGAAACUUCAAACCCAGACUGAACAAAAAAGGAGGUCUGUUGAGCUGUGUAUCAGAAGAUAAGAAUUACAUUGCAGGGUAAUUUUAGUUGUGUACAAAAUUAUUAUCCCUUGGCUCCAAUGUAGCAGGUCAUCUCCUAACUAGUUAAGCCAACAGCUUUUACUUCCCUGUCUGGUUCUGAUGUUUAUCUGAGCACACUGUUGAUUCAACAUGCUAAACCUGGCAAAAAACCACUAACUCGGUUAAAAAGAAAAAGGUGCUAAUAGAGUUCUGCUUGUUCAGUGAGUUUAACAGGCUUAAUCGGGUGAUCUUGUGAGCAUGAGUAGAAGAAGCAGCAGCUUUGUGGCCGGGACACAGAGGGGAGAGGGGAAGCAAGUCUUGUCCUUCUCUUGUGGUGGCUGAUGGUUGUUGCUGACAGUGAAAGACUUCUUCUCAAAGCUGUUUAAAUGAGAAUGUCCCUGGCACAAAGAGUACUACUGACAUGGCUUUUUACGUUACUCUUCCUGAUCAUGCUGGUGCUAAAGUUGGAUGAGAAAGCACCAUGGAACUGGUUCCUCAUUUUUAUUCCUGUCUGGAUAUUUGAUACUAUUCUUCUAGUUAUGCUAAUUGUAAAAAUGGCUGGACGCUGUAAAUCUGGCUUUGACCCUCGUAAUGGCUCCCAAAACAUCAAGAAAAAAACCUGGUAUCUCAUUGCAAUGCUACUUAAAUUAGCCUUCUGCCUUGCCCUCUGUGCUAAACUGCAACGAUUUACUACGAUGAAACUAGCCUAUGUAUUUAUCCCUUUGUGGGCCUUGCUUAUUGGGGGUAUGGUUGAACUUGGAUAUAAUAUCUUCUACGUACGAAGAGACUAAGCCAUACUACAUGGUUUUCAACACAGAUUUGUGGCAAAAUGGUAAUAAUCCAGGAAUUUGCUACCAACUUGAUCUCUAAUUUAGAAGGCCAAAUAAGAAAGCAGUCAAGAUGGAGACUUAUCUAAACCAGGCUGAAGACUGAAGUAGAUUUGUUCUAUUUUUUUUAUUUCAAAAUUGUCACAUAUGCUCUUGUAAAUAAAAGUACUUGUUCAAUGUAA